AUGUCUCCUGAGGAAGCGCCGUCAACACCGUCGGUACACAGUGAGCGGCAAACCCCCCUAGCGACGCUGUCACAUGUCAAUCUGCCGCGGCUAGAGCUUCACCACUUCUCUGGCGACCCCGCCAAGUGGGUAUCCUUUAUCAACUUGUAUGAUAGCACUGUGCAUCGCAACACCGCCUUAACAAGUGUAGUCAAAUUCCAAUAUUUGCUCUCGAUUCUUUCUGGCGAACCCCUCGCUUUAAUCAAGAAUUUCAACAUUAGUACAGCAAAUUAUCUAAUUGUGUACAAUAUCUUACGUCAGCGUUAUCACUCAACAAGACGCUUGGUUACUCUACAUUUGAAUCAUUUGAUAGAUUUACCCGAUGUUAGCAGUCAGUCAGUACGAGGACUCAGAACAUUCGUGAACACUUUCCAUGAACACAGUGAGGCUUUGAAGGCCAUUGAGUGUGACGUAACCACACAAGCCAACCCUUUGCUUUCAGCAUUGUUACUUCGUAAAUUAAAUGGAGAUUUACGCAAAUGUCUAAAAUCUUUUAGGUCCUCGAACGAAGAGGAAACACACACUUUGCCUACAGUCAAAGACAUAAUCUUGUUUCUGAACACAGAAUGUAACAUGAGUGAAGAUGCAGACCUCCACUCGUCAGCAAAGAAAGCUCCAGUUAAAGCUUUCAAUCAGCGAUCUCAAAAGGUCACGCGGUUUGACGACAAACACAAACCCACCGCUUUAGUAACAGCUCACAAUAUAAAUAGUAGCAGUUGUUUUGCUUGUGGUAACUCUGAUCACAAAUUCCAUGUUUGUCCCACAUUUCUAAAGCUUUCACCAGCUGAAAGGUUUCAACUUGUAAAACGAGAACGAAAAUGCUUCUCGUGCUUGAGAGAUCAUAAUUUGCCUCAAUUUCAAUCAUCGCAUACUUGUAAACGGUGUCGCAAACGACAUCACACAUUGCUACAUCUCCAGUCAGGCGCGACUGAGCGAAGUGAAGCAAGCAAUCAAUACUCGACACGUCAUCAAUCAGCUGUGGAGCGACGUCACAACACGACUCAUCAUCGAUCGAUACCACAGCCGAGAGUAGCGGGAACAUCUCCUCCAGCUGACGUCACGAGUCCCACUCCAGUCACGCUGUCUACGACUAAGACGCUGCCACCUGUGCAUCCGCCACAACCGUCAACGGUACUCUUAGGUACCAUCUUAGUGAAACUAACUGCUGAAAAUGGACAGUCCCAUGUUUUCCGCGGAUUACUGGAUUCUGGAAGUACUUGUAAUCUGAUAACGUGUCAGGCAGCCUCAUUGCUAGGAGCAAGACGUUAUCAUUCAAACAUUCAAAUUGCUGGUUUAUCACAGCAUGCCUCUAACACACGUGGCAUGUUAUCUCUUCAAGUCAACACUUUGUCAGGUCAGCUCAUAGCUCCUGAUCAGGAGUUCCACAUCUUGGAUAAAAUAUCUGUGAACCUCCCAAGGGCGAAAAUAAGUCCAGAGUUGUCGCAUCUAGUUAAGCAUUACACCUUAGCGGAUCCGACUUUUGACACCCCUUGCGGCAUUGAUGUAUUGUUGGGUGGAACCAUAAUACCCAUUGUCUUCACACAAGAAAAUCAUAGUUUAGGACCGGGACUGCCACAUCUGAUCGGCACUCAGUUCGGCUUCAUACUUAUGGGAACAGCUCCUUGUGUCACCCCGACAGAGCCAGUUAGUAACUUUUCGAUUGCACUUUUGUCUACUCACGACAACUCGCUUCACACAGCAUUACAAAAAUUUUGGGUUCAAGAGGAACCGCCUAUCAUCAAUCACAAAAGCAUUGAAGAAACAAAGUGUGAUGAACUUUUUGAUAGUACUCAUACGCGAAAUGGAGACGGACGGUAUGUUGUUAGAUUACCGUUCAAAACAGAACCCAGCUGUUUAGGCUCAUCUCUAGCAGCCGCAGAAAGACGUUUUGUAUCCUUAGAAAGGAAGUUUCAAACCCAACCACAAUUCGCUGAACUGUACAGGAAUUUUAUGAAAGACUACAAAGAAACAGGUCAUAUGACACUUUUGGAUAAACAUCACGCCGACGAACCGCACUACUAUUUACCCCACCACGGAGUAAUAAAGGAAAAGCAGCUCUACUACCAAGCUAAGGACUGUUUUUGA